AUGAAAUUUCAAUUUUAUGAUCUUGUUGAACGUUUAAAUGAAUGUGAAUAUUCAUUUAAUAGGCAAUAUGAUUUAAUAGAAAAUGUUAAUAAAAUAAGUCGAGAAGAAAAUCCAUCUCGAUCAUUAUUAUAUGCUCAUUCGGAUAAAUAUCAUGAUUUUAAUUGGAUAUUACAUAGUUAUUCAUUAGAUGGGUAUUGCUUUUUAAAAAUCAUACCAAUUUUUUUAAAAACUUGUACACAAAUAAGUAAAUCAAAAUCAUUUAUUAAAUAUUUAUCAUCAAUUGAAGAAAAUAUUUUAUCAUCAAUGGCUUUUUCAACAAAAUCCUCAUUAUGGAAUGAUAUUGAAUUAAAAGGUAUUUUAUCAUAUAAAACAAUAUCAUCAAUUCAAUCAAAUAUAAAUAAUUCCUUAUCACCAAUAAAUAAUUUAACUCCAAUGUUUAUUCAAUCACCAAAUAAAAUAAAUGUAUCAAGAAAAUUAUUUCAAUUGAAUACAACAGAUCAAUUAACAGUAAAAUUAUUAUUUGAUUUAUUUAAUACAAUAUUAUACAUAUAUAUUUAUAUCUUUUUUCACUAAUUUAAAAUAAUUAUAACAAUGAAUAUGAUUUAUUUUACUUGAAAAAAAAAAAUUUUCCAAAUUUUCAUUAACGAAAAUUUUUAUUUUGAAAGAAUUUUGUUCAUAAAUAUUUAAAAACCAUGAAAUAUUUAGUCCGAUCUAGUAACAAGAAAAACUGAUCCCUUAGAAUACUUUAUUUUUCUUUUUUUCUAUAUUUAUCAUGAAAAAAAAACAAUAAGAAAAACAUUUGAUAAUAUAUAUCAUUGAUUUAAAAAGAAUUUAUUUCUUUUUCAUAAUCGAGCGCGACGAAAAUAAACUCAUCUGAAAUUCUAUGAAAAUGUGAUAAUUGACGUCGACCUUUUCUAAAAGCUUGUCAAACAAUGAAAAUAAUUCGAUAAAUAAUAACCAUUUUAAAGCCUGUCUACGACUAACACUUGUUUUUCUUUCUAGAGCACACUUUUUAUAGAGGAUAUUAGAGAAAAAUGACGAUAAUUCCCUAUUAUGUCAAUCUUUAUUUUUAGACGUAGAAUCCCUUGGAAUUUAAUUUAAGAAAGAAAAAAGUUGAUUGAAUUUGAUUAAAAUCGAUUUGUUGAAAAAGUUUUUGUUUUGAAUGAAAAUUUUCAAUAAAUAAGAUUAUCUUCUGAUAUUGAAUUCGUUUAAUUGAUUUUAUCAAUAUUCAAUGAAUAUUUUUUUUUUCUCAAAAAUUUUCAAAAUCGAAUUAACAAAAAAAAAACGAAGGAAAAUAUCUGGUUGAAGAUUUUUAUUGUUAUUUAAACAAAUAUUAUUAUAGAAUAAACCAAAGACAUUUUAUUUGUCUUAGUUA